UAUUUCAAGAUAUUUGAUGAACUGGUAUGCAUCACAUGAUACAAUAGUUUGGAUUCAGACAGGCAGUGUACACACUACACACACACAGUCACACACUGAAGCAGCAGUGUUUGAUGGUAAUGUACUGAUGAUCAUAAAGGGGCUGUUCAGGAGAUACGAAAGAUGGAACCCAGUGCAUCCAACAUCCGGAGCCCUUUGGGGCAUUGGAAUAGGAUUUGGCUGUGGGGUAGGCUGGGGCCCUGGUUUUGGUCCUGAGGUGAUUGGUUAUGUGGGAGCUGGCUGUGGUGUUGGUUUCAGUGUUGGGAUCACCUUACUUGGUUUUGGCCUUGGUCUUCCUGCUAAUUUUAUAUAUCAAGGUCCUUAUAAAGCAUUUAUGGCUACAAGAAGUGGUGCAAUGGGUAUUGCUCAUUCCAGUGGCCUGCCUGAGAUGAAGAAUGUUGCAUUGGAUGGUUGGAGCAAUAUGGGACUGCACAUAUCCGGCGUGAAAGAAAAAGCAAGCCAGAGUUUUAUCAACUUUAGACAAAAGCAAUGUAUGAACGGAAGGGUAGAUUUGCCUGAUGUGAGGACCAUCAUGUCUUCCCAUUCCAAGUCUAUUCAAGAUUGUCUAAAGAAAUUCCAAAACCACAUUCAUCCUCCCAAAGGCUUCAAAGACUGAACAAACAGACGAUCAUCCCUAUUUUUAACUAUGUACACAUCGUAUAUCAUACUGUAGACCUUAAUGUACGACAUUGAUGAUAGACAGUAUACACUUUUAUAUUAAGAUUUUUGAGUAUGGAGGAGAAAGUGAGAAUUUGACAUAGCACUGUUUUGUAGUCAGAAAUUUAAUUACGUGAUUCAGUUUUUACAGUGGUAAUUUCUAGUAUAUUACCUGUAA